CAACUAUUCGCUUUUACUUGACAGUGAGAAGUAUUUAUGUGUGUGCUGAAAUGACAGGUCGGAUCCUUUUUAUGACUGAAAGAAAAGUUAAUGAACACGUUUUGAGUUUGGUGUCACCACAGAGUCAUUCCUCAAACCCAUCAGCACUUAGAGAACAGCUGUCCUCUGUUCACUGUGUGACUUUGGGUGGUGUUUGGAAACUAGACCAUGUGCCUAGGUAGAAGUUAUUCCUUUCUCCACAGCUCUGCACCCCCAGCAACACUCACCACACCCUUGUUUUGAGAACCUCACUGAGUCAGUCCAGCAGCAGUCUGCAGACGGGCGUUUGGAAACCACUGGACCAGGUCAUUUCUGAGGUCCCCUUCAGCUCUAACAUCCUCCCUUGCCAGCGUCCAGCCAUGGGGGAUAUGAAAACUCCAGAUUUUGAUGACCUUCUGGCUGCCUUUGAUAUCCCAGACCCCACCAGCCUUGAUGCCAAGGAGGCCAUCCAGACCCCCAGUGAGGAGAAUGAGAGUCCCCUCAAACCUCCAGGCAUGUGUAUGGAUGAGAGUGUGUCCUUGUCUCACUCAGGAUCAGCCUCAGAUGUGCCGGCUGUGAGUGUCAUUGUCAAGAACACCAGCCGCCAGGAGUCAUUUGAUGCGGAGAAGGAUCACAUUGCUCCCAGCCUGCUACACAAUGGAUUCCGGGGCUCGGACCUGCCUCCAGAUCCCCACAACCUGGGCCACAACUGUGGGAAGUUUGAUUCCACUUUCAUGAAUGGAGAUAGUACCAGGAGUUUCCCUGGCAAGCUGGAACCUUCCAAGUCAGAGCCGUUACCAACUUUUAACCAGUUCAGCCCAAUCUCCAGCCCAGAACCCGAGGAUGCCAUCAAAGAUAAUGGGUUCGGGAUAAAGCCCAAGCACUCUGACAGUUAUUUCUCACCUCCUUCUGGGUGUGGGCCUGUGGGGGGCCCUGUUCUGGAGGCUCUGACUAAGUUUCCAGUCCCAGAGCUGCAUAUGUUUGAUCACUUUUGUAAGAAAGAACCCAAGCCGGAGCCCCUGCCCUUGGGGAGUCAGCAGGAGCACGAGCGAGGUGGGCAGAAGGCAGUGGAACCUCACAAGGAGCUGGAUGCCAGUCGAUUCUUUGGGGACGCUUUGGAGUUCAACAGCCACCCCGGCAACAGUUUCGGAGAGCCUAAGGGGCUUGCCGCGGAGCUCGGUGCCUGCUCGUCAGUACCCCCGAGGCAGCGUCUGAAGCCAGCUCAUUCCAAGCUGUCCUCUUGUGUUGCAGCCUUGGUGGCCCUGCAGGCCAAACGAGUAGCCAGUGUCACAAAGGAGGAUCAGCCCAGCCACACAAAGGAUCCCUCAGGGCCCACUAAAGAGGGUUCCAAAGGCAGCCCCAAAAUGCCCAAGUCACCAAAGAGUCCCCGGAGCCCUCUGGAGGCCACUAGAAAAAGUAUCAAGCCAUCAGACAGCCCUCGGAGCAUCUGCAGUGACAGUAGCAGCAAAGGCUCCCCUUCUGUGGCUGCCAGCUCCCCACCAGCAAUACCCAAAGUCAGAAUCAAAACCAUUAAGACAUCAUCAGGGGAAAUCAAACGGACCGUCACAAGGAUCCUGCCAGACCCUGACGAUCCCAGUAAGUCCCCUGUCGGGUCACCUCUAGGAAGUGCCAUCACUGAGGCUCCGAGCGAGGUGCCAGAGGAUGAGAUCACUGCUGUGCCUGUGGCAGAGCACUUUCCUGAGGUGGGCGCAAAUUCAGGGAGCCCCCAGGGUGACAGAAAAGGGGAUGAGAGCGUGACGAAAGCCAGUGAAUCUUCGUCUUCCUGCUGCAGCUCUGGGUCCCGUGGCCCAAAGGGGGCUGCCUCAGGCUCACAGAUGGGCAAGAAGCAGCAGCAGAGCACAGCACUGCAGGCAUCCACUCUGGCCCCUGCCAACCUCCUGCCCAAAGCCGUGCACCUGGCCAACCUGAAUCUGGUCCCCCACAGCGUCGCCGCCUCAGUGACGGCCAAGUCCUCAGCGCAGCGGCGGAGCCAGCCACAGCUCACGCAGAUGUCGGUGCCCCUGGUCCACCAGGUGAAAAAGGCCGCCCCCCUGGUUGUGGAGGUCUUCAACAAGGUCCUCCACAGCUCCAACCCCGUGCCCCUCUACGCGCCAAAUCUCAGCCCGCCUGCUGACAGCAGGAUCCACGUGCCGGCCAGUGGGUACUGCUGCCUGGAGUGCGGGGACGCGUUUGCCUUAGAGAAGAGCCUCAGCCAGCACUACAGCCGGCGGAGCGUCCACAUCGAGGUGCUGUGCACACUGUGCUCCCAGACGCUGCUCUUCUUCAACAAGUGCAGCCUGCUCCGGCACGCCCGUGACCACAAGAGCAAGGGGCUCGUCAUGCAGUGCUCCCAGCUGCUCGUGAAGCCCAUCUCUGCGGACCAAAUGUUCGUGUCGGCCCCUGUGAACUCUCCGGCACCAGCAGCCCCAGCCCCACCCUCCUCCCCCAAACAUGGCCUUGCUUUGAGCAGUGCCAGCCCUCCCCUUCCAGCUUUGCCACUCUACCCAGACCCUGUGAGGCUCAUCCGGCACAGUGUCAAGUGUCUCGAAUGUCACAAGCAGAUGCGUGACUACAUGGCUAUGGCUGCACAUUUCCAGAGGAUGACGGAGGAAACCGAGGGGCUGACUUGCCAAGUGUGCCAGAUGCUGCUGCCCAACCAGUGCAGUUUCUGUGCCCACCAGCGGAUCCACGCCCACAAGUCCCCCUACUGUUGUCCGGAGUGUGGAGCCCUCUGUCGCUCUGCCUACUUCCAGACCCACGUAAAGGAGAAUUGCCUGCACUAUGCCCGCAAAGUGGGCUACAGGUGCAUCCACUGCGGGGUCGUCCACUUGACCUUGGCCUUGCUGAAAAGCCACAUCCAAGAGCGACACUGCCAGGUUUUCCACAAAUGUGCAUUCUGCCCCAUGGCCUUCAAGACUGCCAGUAGCACUGCGGACCACAGCACCACCCAGCAUCCCACUCAGCCCCACAGACCCUCCCAGCUCAUUUAUAAGUGCUCCUGUGAAAUGGUCUUCAACAAGAAGAGGCAUAUUCAGCAGCAUUUUUACCAGAAUGCCAGCAAGACGCAAGUGGGCGUCUUCAAGUGCCCUGAGUGCCCGCUCUUGUUCCUGCAGAAGCCAGAGUUGAUGCAACAUGUCAAGAGCACCCACGGUGUUCCGCGAAACGUGGACGAGCUAUCAAGUCUCCAGUCUUCAGCGGACACGUCCUCAAGUCGCCCAGGUUCUCGAGUUCCCACUGAGCCCCCAGCCACUAGUGUGGCUGCUCGGGGCAGCUCCCUGCCCUCUAGCCGAUGGGGCAGGCCUGAGGCCCAUCGCAGGGGUGAGGCCAGGCCCCGACUGAGGAACACUGGCUGGACCUGCCAGGAGUGCCAGGAGUGGGUUCCUGAUCGGGAGAGCUACGUGUCCCAUAUGAAAAAGAGCCAUGGUCGGACAUUGAAGAGGUACCCGUGUCGGCAGUGUGAACAGUCCUUCCACACCCCCAACAGCCUCCGCAAACACAUCCGCAACAACCAUGACACAGUGAAGAAAGUCUACACUUGUGGGUAUUGCACAGAGGACAGCCCCAGCUUUCCUCGGCCCUCCCUCCUGGAGAGCCACAUCAGCCUUAUGCAUGGUAUCAGAAACCCUGAUUUGAGCCAGACGUCCAAAGUCAGACCUUCGGGUGGACAUUCCCCUCAGGUGAACCAUCUGAAAAGACCAGUCAGCGGAGCGGGGGACGCUCCAGGCACCAGUAAUGGCGCGACUGUCUCUUCCACCAAAAGGCACAAGUCCCUUUUCCAGUGUGCAAAAUGUAGCUUUGCCACAGACUCGGGGCUCGAGUUUCAGAGCCACAUACCUCAGCAUCAAAAGGACAGCUCCACAGCCCAGUGUCUCCUCUGUGGCUUGUGCUACACCUCUGCCAGCUCCCUCAGCCGCCACCUCUUCAUCGUCCACAAGGUGAGAGACCAGGAGGAGGAAGAGGUGGAGGCGGCAGAGCCAGAGGAGGGCUCCGGGGAGGAGGUGCCCAUGGAGACUAGGGAGAACGGACUGGAGGAAUGUGCCGGGGAGCCUCUGUUGGGCGACCCAGAGGCGAGGAGAUCCCUGGGCCUGGCUCCUGAUGAAGACGGUGCCCAGGAUGCUCAGAGUCAACCACAGGCCCCUCAGGACCAGGACAGCCACACACCGUCCCCGCAGGUGUGACCGGAGGCUUUGCGGUGUGCUCAGUUGGGGUGGUGCCGUGGUGUACUCCGCCUGCCAUGUGGACAGUGGGAAGGAGAAGGCUCCGCCCCGGUGAGAGUGUGGCCCGCUGUGCCCUGGAGCAGUGUCUGCCCUGAGCUGCGGGGGGCUGGGAGUCCCCAGCCCCAGGAGAUGCGGGGUCGCCCAGGACCCUCACAGCUCUGAAUUUGCUUCUGUUAUUUAUGGCUUUGUGCUGGCUGCUUCUUGGUACCCCAAUCUUGUCUGUGUCCUUCCAACCCCAGGCUGCUUAAGUGGCCCAACGCCGAUACUGUCCACUCGGCUCGAAACCCCUCAGCCGCUGUGCUCUUCUGAGAGGUUCCCCGCUCGCUGCCUUCAGCCAGGGGCCUCGGCCUACAGACAGCAGCUCUCCUUCUUGCCAUCCGAGCCUGAGAAGGGGGAUGAGGGUGCCGGCGCAGCCCCUCUUGGAGAGCUCGCCCAGCCUGGCUUGCAGAGGGCCCUUGGUCACCUUGCCCUUCUUUCCUGUCUUCUCUGACUCCUUCCCCCCAAAUAGUCCGGAGAUUUGUCACACUGGCUCAUCCCGUCCGUGUGGGUGGGAGAGACUUGUGCAGCACACCUCUGUUUGGAACCCGGGAGAGCAGGAAACGCUGCCAAGGCAGGCAGGCACCGAGAGGCAGGCCCUGCAGAAGGAGCUGUGCGUCCUUGUUCUGCCGCGGCUCUGCCUUUCCUGACAAGCGGGGUUUGGGGCACACAGACGUUGGAAUAUUUGUACUCUUGCUCCUGUGCCAUUAGAGAGGCUGCUGCCCCAGGCAGGCCAGCCCCUCCUCUUCUUGGCUACACUCAUGUUGCUCAGACUAUAUUUCAAAUAAAAAAAAUCUUCUUACCACA